AUGAGAUCGUCUACCGAUCCAACUCCAACGGCCUCCUCGACAUCUAGCACGACAUGGCCGCCCUCAAGAACUACGAAGGCAAGUAUUGGCGCGACCUAUUCGACUCCCGCGUCGGCAAGACCACUUGGCUCUAAGGCUCCGGCGUUUGGAGCAAGAAGGAGUGGGUCUUACCCGAGAUCGACAGCGACGAUAUCGUCUCCGCCUUUGAAGCGUACCAGCAACGGCGAAGGAUGCGUGGGUUACGGUCAGGACAACCGAAAUACCCAAGAUGGGCAAUGGGCCUAA